AUGGGCAAAGUUGAUUACUUCGUUGUUGAAUUUUACGCAGGAAAAAGGACGUUUUACCCAGGGGAGGCAAUAAAUGCAGCCCUCUGUCUCAAGGUGAAUAAGAAGUUGAAGUUACAGGGACUUCGGAUUGAGUUCCAUGGUGAAGCAUACGUACACUGGAGGGAAAACGUCGGUGAGGCGAAUAAGAGCUAUAGCAACAGCGAAACGUACUUAGAUACUUUGGCAACAUUGUUUGGUAAAGGUGAGUGAAGGUGUGAUCAAGUCACGUUCAUUUCUCCGACGAGAAUUCAUCAGGUUGACAGGACCAUUUCGUACUAAAAUUGUUUUCUACGGGAGUUGAUUCUAUGUCAACUUGAAAUUGAAAUUAUUCUUAUCGUAAUAUGCACAAAGAUUUCUGGAUUUAUUGGCAGCUGGCGCAAGGGGUGGGGGUGGAUAAAUGAGAAAAUAGACCGGAUCUGUGGACAUUUUUGAACGCAACCGAAAUUUGCUUUCCCCAGAAAAAGAACUACUAGCUUAUUGGCGAUUAUCAUGUCAUCAAUAUGUCAACGACGUUUAAGGCUUCGAGGGCGCUUGCGCCUUGCUUUCCAAAAUUUACAUUAUUAUUCACUCAAAAUAUUCCUUUGCUUCUGAUUAGCUAAAAUCCUACGUCUAAUUCUUCUUAACCAGCUAGCGUUGGCCAAAUUUGGAAGACGUCUGCGAUAUCCAGGAGGUGGCGUCAAUAGUACAGAAUAAUCGCCAGAAAAAUGAGCGGCAUUGCAUCUGAUGCGUCUGAUGCGUGUUGUUUGGGGGCUUUAGCAACGACGAUGUCAACGACAACGAGAGCGUCAUAAAAGCAAUAGAGUGUUUUCACAUGACGUCAUGGCGGCCACAUUGGUGUCCCAAAACAAUGAAGCGGCGGCCAUGUUGGUCUCCCAGACUAAUCCUGUGGGAGUUGAACUCUUUUCUUAUGCAAACGCUUUCUUUUGUUCCAAUAAAAUUGCGUUGAUGCUGGCCACGUGAGUGAAAACGCCCCACAGGUUUAUUGAGCAACACUACAAAUUUACACGUGCAUUACACUUUUCUUGUUCAUUUCUAUGAUCACGGUAGCCUGUGUACAGACGUCCCCGCUCCCUCAGGAAAAAUCGGGAGAGGAGACGUCUGUGAAUCGCCGUCGUUAAUCGUGUUCCGGUAUACAUUUGCAUAAAUUAUUUUUUUGUUCUUUCGCUGAAAGUUGAAAAGGCACAUCUAGGUCGAAAAAUAGCUCUGGCGUCUGUGUACAGCUAGCCGAACAUCUUCACGCAAUGUUCAACCAAAAAUCCAGAUAUAAGAUCUCUGAUUUCAGUCAAGCCAGGUCAAGCGUACCUCCCAAGAUUCCAUUAAUGACAUUUUAUGUAUUUAUUAUUCGAAAGUUGAACCGUUGGUAGUUGUAGAUUUCAGAUUCAUCUCUGUGUGCAUUCUUGCAUGCGUAAUGAACCGUGAAUUCACACGCGCUCCAGUUACGAAAUUUCUACCAGCUCAGUUUCCCUGAAUUUGAUGUAAAUGUCUUCUAAUACAUUUAAUCCAUUCAAAGAUUUUCAAUCUGACCAAAUACAGGGAAGUUCUCUUAAAAUAUUCACGCUCAUUAAGCAUAGAGGAAUGCCGAUUUAAAUUUGACACCAGUUACGGGAACGACUAACGGAUUCAUUUUUUCAAAUAAUCAAUUCAUUAAGAGAAUCUUUUUGGGGUAAGCUUGACCUGCCUUGCCUGUUAACGUUGGAUUUUGUAUGCCUUCUCUUUUAUUUACAAUACCGACCGGUACAGACAGACGCACCCGCAACCGGUGCAGCAAACAUCGGUGGUCUUAACUUCUCAUGCCUUUUCGAGAGAGCCGAAAUACAAAUACCGGUAAACAAAUAUGAAUAUCCACAAAGGCUGAGCUUUUCCCCGGGGAAUCUAUUCUGACGUUCAUUCACCAAUCACAACACCGGAAAUUAUUUGCGUCAUGGCAUUAACAUUACAACCAAUCAGAGGCUGUCCCCAACAUUCCGGGAAAAAGGGGAAAACGAUUAUCGUCGGCGAUUCACAGACGUCUCCUCUCCCGAUUUUUCCUGAGGGAGGGGGGACGUCUGUACACAGGCUAUGAUCACGGCUAUGAUGUGAAAAUGCCUUAACUCACGUUUUAUGGAGGACGUGAACAAGCGGCGACGAAUUUUUCUUUUUCUUUCUAAACUUAAGUGCGGUCCGCAUGAAAUCAACUCCAGGGAAAUUCGCCUGCAUUUUACAUUUCAAGCGAAUCGGAAUAAGCGCGGAAAAGUUGAAAAAACAUGAAUUCAUUUUUAAAGUGACGUUUUCGCUGCCGUCGUCGUCAUCUAUGAUCUGAAGACUGCAGAUGUCGGAGAGCGUCAUCCAUCCUCCUCGGUCGAUAACACCCUCCUCGAUGAUCUCUAGAAUUCUUCAGAUCAUACUCGGCCUUUUCCAAUAAUUGCUUGAUAAUAGUACAAUACGCAUUGCAUGAAACACGCUUCGACUUGUGAAAAAAAAAAACAGUCAAAAGACUCUUUUUCAAUUAUGUCUUGCACUGGGCACAAAUGUAGCCUCAAACAAUCAUGAUGGAGAGGCUCCUUUAAGAUUUUUUGGAGCCAGGAGAUAUUCAAGAGAUUCUUUUCUCAACGAGGAAUAGCGGCAAACUAUUAUAAACUUACUUGGGGUAAAGGUUAUAGUAAAUGUUCUUUCCUCCGGUUUCAAGAAAAGUUAAGUCUGCUCGUUGGUCUCAGCAAACGCCAACGACGUGUACAAAUUAACGAUUCAGUUUCCAUGAUUACCGAAACGGAUCGAUAAGGAGCAACCAUAUAUUCGCAAAAAUCCGACUAAACACUUUAUUCCAUCUUUGUAGCCCCUUUGAAGCUUGGCUCUUUCAGCGUUGAUGUAGUCUAGUUCUACCCUGAGUGUCACCGAAAAGGGGCCCCAGUAUUCGCCGAGAUGCCGUGGCGGUCUCCUGGGACCGAUCCACGAACUUCUUAAAAUGAUAAGGGGAGACUGGAGAGGAGUAAAGUGCGACACUGCUUAUUAAGGGGGCCAAAACUUUCAUUGCCCGAUACUUGCGCGUUCUCUCUGCAGCUAUUGUUUCUCCUUAAUUUUGGGGAAGACAAACUCGUCCCCAGGGCUUUUCCCUAGGGAAGAGUACGCGAAAGUACAACUCUGCAAUAUGCAACAAACAGAAAUACCUUGCUGGGAUCCAUUAUCCCACCUGCAAAUGGAAGCGAAAGAAUUUUGUUACUACAUCCGCAUUAAUCAGUGGGUCCGGUCACUUUAAUCAGUGCCUAUGCUCCACGUCUGUCAUCCCCAGGAGAAGCAAAGGACAAAUCCUAUGACGAACUGGUCACCGCCAUCAAGGCAAUCCCUGAGAAAAAGCUGCUGUUCAUUCUAGGCAAACUAAACGCCAGAGUUGGUGAGGAUCAAAGCCUCGCUUGCUUGGCCCAUUUCGGUACUAGCCGAGCCUGUGCCUGCUGGAGCUAUGCUGUCAUCACAGUCCAUGUUUCGGUAACACGUUAUUCAAUACCAAGCCCGAACACUGAAUUGGAGACAAUCAAGAUCUUAGCACUGGCACCAGUGUGACCUGAUCCUCAGCAGAUGCUCCAGUCUUUCAAGCAUUAAGAUCAGGCGCAGUUUUCAGGGUGCUGAUUGCGAUACGGACUCUUCCUUAGUGUGCAGCAAAGUAAGACCGCGAACAAGGUAGGUGGAUAGCAAAAAAGAAGAGGGAAGGCCUCGCAUUGACAACAGCAGACUCCGUGAACAGACUAAAGUGGAGGGAUUUGCAAGUGCAGUUGAAGAAUCUUUUCAAGGCCUGCCCGAUGCUAACGCAUGCGAUAGACGGAAACAUUUUUUUGAUGCACAUCUUCAUUGUAAAUAAGUGUUAUCUUUAUGACUUCUGCGCUAAAUAAAGUAUCUAUCUAUCUAAUGCUGUUCACAGCGCCACUUUGUCCAUUUUGGGCGGGAAGACCAACAAGACUGCUGACCUGUUUGAGUCCCACUGCGAAGAGAUGCAACCAUUCAUUGAUGAAAUGAGGAGGGCCUUCUCUAAGCCGCUCGAAGCAAAGUCCAGCAGAUCGCCAGGCGGUGUGCAAAAGACUACUGGCUUCAGCUCUGUUCUCAGAUAAGGUCAGUAGCUGAGACAGAUAUUAGGGGAAUGUAUGAUAGAGUUUCGCUCCCGUGUAUGAAGGGGCCACUUUAGUUCCCGAACUAAAGAGCAAGAGUGGCGCAGUGGUGAGAGCAGUCGCCUCCCAACAAUGUGGCCCAGGUUCGAAUCCUGGCGUCGAUGCCAAAUGUGGGUUGAGUUUGUUGUUGGUUCUCUCCUUUGCUCCGAGAGGUUUUUCUCCAGGUAUUCCGGUUUUCCCCUCUCCCUAAAAACCAACACUUCCAAAUUUCAGUUCGAUCGGGAACUCUCGAACACAUUUCAACCAGUUCGCCUGAACUCUUAAGCGUCCCUGGGUAAACAAAUUAUAAUUACAAUUACAAUUUUACAACGAUAACCCUAUUCUUCAAAGAUAACUGAAGACCUGCUCUAAAUUUCUGAAGAUAAGGAGAACACUCGCGUACGUCUGUCGUUUCGUCCAAAGUGCUAGAGAGAAGAACGUCAAGACAGGCCUAUUACCCUUCAAGAAUGGAAAGACUGUGAGAAUCAACACUUCAAGUGGAGCCAAAUUCACUUAGAAUCCUCUGUCAUUGACGAGAAGUUUAUUUCAAGCCUGGACAACAACGGAAUAAUUCGAGCUCAUUGACGGCUCGAAGCGGAUGCUAGAUGGUUGCCACAAGAAAUGAGAAAUCCUGCUAUUCUACCAAGCAGUCAUCUACUUCUCCAGUUGCUACUACGUCAUUUACACGGAAAGCGUGGACAUUUUGGUAACAAAAGCUUAACUCAUGAAGAGAGAAGAAAUUAAUGGAUCACAGAAGUCCGCAGCAUGUCUAAAGCUCUCAGUGCAAAGUGCAUCACGUGCAGAAACCUUCGCAAGAAACCACUGGACCAGCUAAUGGGGCAUAUCCCAUUUUUACGAGUGACAGCAGGGAUUCUUCCCCUUUCCAACACCGCCAUUGACAUGUUUGGCCCUUGUAUAUCAAAUUCAAUCGGGCGGCAAGGGAAGUUGAUGGCUUUCCGUCGUUUCGCGAGCUUGCAUGGCCACCGGUGUGUUUGUUGGUCGGACCGUAGAACAAUUUUACAGGUGCGCAAAGUUACUUAAAGGAAAUUAUGCAGAGCUGGAACAUUCCCAAGAUUCAUGGNGAUGGCUUUCCGUCGUUUCGCGAGCUUGCAUGGCCACCGGUGUGUUUGUUGGUCGGACCGUAGAACAAUUUUACAGGUGCGCAAAGUUACUUAAAGGAAAUUAUGCAGAGCUGGAACAUUCCCAAGAUUCAGGGUGUUCUAUACCUGAAAAAUUUUCCUUUUAUUUCAUUUGGUAAUGGAAUAUAGCUCACGCAAGUCAUCAGAAUGGCGCGUGGAAGCUCUCAUCAAGUCCGUCAGACAAAGUCUCCUCUCUCCUAGGUAGUACACAAGAUCGAGUAAACGAAUUUUGGAAAUGCUGGAUGAGGCACUUCGCACCAAAAAAAUUUAUUAGCAGGGAACAAGUGGUUCCGAACCAGAUAAAAUGUUCAAGUUGAUGAAUAUGGAAUAUUCAAUUACCUUAGCGCCGGCACCUUGACUUUGCGCGACGCGGGGAAAAAGGUCAAGUGACUGUUAUUUAAAAGCAAGAUAUUCGUUUUGCAACUUACAUUUUCAAUUUGUCUCUGAUCACGCAUCCAAGAUACGAAGCUAACUAGCCAUAGCCGCGUAUGGAACACAAAUUGUAAGUUAAUAUUUGUCAGUCAUCGCUUCAACCGAAAUUGAUUUGUACAGUGGGCCCUUUUUGUAAUACUACUAGGACGACACAUUCGGACGCCACGAUUCGAAUUGGUAUUGUCAAGUGCAAAUAAAUUCCAAGUGCGUAAAACUCUGUUAGUGGUUAAUCUUCAACUACUAUAGCCCUUUCACACACAGGAGCGAAACAGAUGGUAUUAAGCAGGUCCUAGGUCCGACGAAGAAGAAAACUGCCCCUCUGAAGUCCGCCACAGGCAGGCUCAUCCAAGAUCGGGCGAAGCAGUUGAAACGCUGGGUGCAGCACUACUCAGAGUUAUACCCCAGCGAGAAUGUAGUAACAGACGACGCCCUAAACGCAAUCAAGUGCCUUCCUGUGUUGGAGGAGCUUGACAGUGAUCCAACCCUUGGAGAGUUAAACAAAAAGGCUCUCGACUCUCUUUCCUCUAGCAAAGCACCUGGAAAGGACACCAUCCCUGCCGAACUCCUGAAGUGCUGCAAAGGAAACAUCAACGAUCUCUGAGCUGCAUGAGAUCCUUUGUCUCUGCUUGGGAGAAGGUGUCAAUUACCAUAGGACAUGAGAGAUGCAAACAUCGUCACACUGUACAAGAACAUGCAACACUACGCUGCAUUGUAUACACAACUGAAACAGAGACGUUUGCACUACCUUUUUGGCCAUAAUGUGAGAAUGGACGACAGCCAGAUCCUAAAGGAUCUCCUCUAAAGAAAAAGCGCCCCACUGGCAGGUUCCAAUUACGCUACAAAGACGUCUGCAAGGGGCACCCGAAAGCCUCAGGCAUUGACAUCAACGAAAUGGAAACCUCGGCUUCAGAACGUUCAGCGUGGAGGCAGAUUCAGCGUGGAGGCAGGCAAUGAAGCAAGCCCUUUCUGAGUUUAAAGAGACACUUUCGGAACAGGCUGAGACAAUUAAAAAGGGACAAACGAGGAAUGCCCGAAGUAAGACCAGCAACCAACUACAUCUGCUCACUGCGCGGAAGGGACAGUCAUUCCCGAAUUAGUCCUUCCAGCCACGCAAGGCGCUGUUCGAGAACCACCAAUCACAGUGCGACACCAUAGUCCUUCGAUACUAUAGGAUGCCAAUACAUAAAACUACCCACUAACCCGCCCACCUACCUACUUGUAUGUGUAAUCAAAUGGUGACGGGUGAAAUUAGGGAAUGAUUUCACGCGCGUUUUGUCCAAAACCUAAUAAUUUCCCGAGCCAUUACCUAUACUAAUAACAUGGGUGACGAAUUACGUUAGCAAUAUUGGAUUUUUGACAUGUUUAUCCUGGAUCGUAUCGAUCGAGAGCUCCACUCUCUCAAAUGUUUAGACCUUAAAUUUGGCUUAUAAAGUUCAGAAUUUUUCAGACUUUUCGGCAAAAUACCUGUUAGAAUCCUUCUUGAUGUUCUCUUGUGUUUUCAGGUUUUCUAAAACGUCUUUUUGUGCCUUGACAUCUUCAUUCACGGCAUUUUAAAACUUCGUCACCAUCUUGACACUGAGACGUACGGAAGGGUUGCCAUGGCAAUUUUGUAAUUUCACAUGUGAAAUUACAAAUUAACGCUGAAAUUUCGCGCCAAAAUUAAGGCGUAAUUCGUCACCUAUGAUAUUAGCCUAGUAACCUACUGUUUCGUUCAGCAGGCCCAUGUUCGAGAUCGUCCUGAGCCACCAUGGGACUCAUGUUUUAAUUUACUUCCCUGUAUUAGAGAUUUUGUUGCGCGAAUAUUAUAUGUUGCCAGACCAAGUGCCUUUGUAGAGAAUCCUCGUAGUCAAGGCUUGUAAUUUGUUCGCAAUUGGUUAUUAAGUGGCUGGUCUUUGAUUUGGAAAGGAACCUCAAUCCAUCUCAAUACCCUGACUAUUUACCUGCCUCCCUACCUACUUACAUACGUACCUACCAUCCUACCUACAUUGUACCUGCAUGUCUAUAUAUCUUCAUUCAUUUGCAGACCUAGGCCAAAGUGGCGAUGACCCAGUUCUCCAGCCUGGUGAAUACUCUUUUCCAUUUCAGUUCUUAAUCCCAAAUAUAAUUAUGCCGGCUUCAGUGGAGUUAAAACAUGGUCAUGUACGCUACUGGUUGAAAGGAAUUAUGGACCGUCCAUGGAGAUUUGAUAUCAUCACUAUAGCGGCUGUUACCAUUUUAAAAUACGUGGACAUCAAUAUUCCUCAGCUUUUGGUGAGUUUUCAAUAAUAUAACUACCUAGAAAUGCGUGUCUCUUGGCCGAACCCCGUGAAACUCGGGGAAAUGCUCCGACAGGAGGACACAAAGGUGAAACAGCCAACAAAAGUGACAAGGUAUCACUUGACUGAGACUCAUACCCAAGAUCGACUGCAGCAUCGGGACGGCUUUGUCACUUCACCACAAAAUCCCGCAACUUUACCCAAAAACGCCGUUUGAAGCUUUCAGCUAGCCUAGUCGAGACGUGUUCUGAACUACCCACCCAUAAGUGGGUCCGAAUACGAUGGUUUUAACUAGUUAUUACCUUUUAAACAAGAGCUUGAGAAUGCUAAAGAGAAUUCUUGGAAGGCCUAAAUAUUUUCAUUUGGCGUGAAAAUUUGCUUUAGAGGAAAUAAUAUUUUUAAUUAUUGCCAUGAUUACAUGUUCGUAAUCAAUAUGCAAAUAUACUUCUUUCAGCAGGUGUAGCCUAUAAUUUCAGGUAUCAUCAUUGUAUUUGGUUCAAAGUGUACAUUUUGAAAUCGCGGAGAGGAGGCAACAGGGUAUGAACAUCACGAGAUUGCAAAACUGUGAAAAUUACGACCUAAUUAAGGGACCCUAAUCAUAGCAGAUCGAGGUCUCAAUCAGAUUUUUCUUUUAAAAUUAGUAUUUAAAAUAAGUAUUCCCAUGCACAACUUGAUUCUUAUAAUUAUUUUCUUAGCGACCUUGUCAGAAGGAAGAAGAUCGUAACGUGGGAUUUCUUUGCUGCGUUUCUGGCUCACUUAGCACUACUUUCUGUACUGACAGAGGAGGGUACUGUCCAGGAGAGUCUAUUCGUGUCUCGACGGUCAUAGAUAAUAAGUCCAAAAAUGAAGUUGUUGGUCUGAAGAUACAACUUCUUCGAAUCAUCGUCUUGAUUGCCUCUUGUGGUGGGUAACUGAAAGAUUUCAUACUUACGAAUUAGGUUAUGUUUACACUCUAGCUGACAGCCCUUACCCCAGCACGAGAACCAUACCCGAUAGGGCUUCAGAUCUGACAUAAAAGCCAUGAUUUCGGUGCUAUUUCCUGUAACAAAGCGAUCGAAGCUGCGCUGUAACGAUCUUGAAAGUGUGAGCAUCACAUAUCGAAUAGGUUCUCUGCACAUUUUGGUGCAAAGUGAACCGAAAUUCGGACCGUAGCAGAAGUGAAGGAGCAAGGUCUGGAAUCCUUUGAGGUGGAAGUAAAUUGGCGAACCCCUCAGGCACGAUGUUUGAUGUUUGUAAACGACCUAUUCCAUUUGCGUGCCUUUGCUGUUGGUAUAUACGGGGAUGGCGUUUCGUGUCGACUCGAAAGGCUAUCCAGUUUAUUAGUCUAUUAGUGUAGACAUGGCCUAAGAAAGUGAUUAGUGGCACAGAGGUAAUUCUGAUCAAUGAGAAACUACUAAAGUUGCAUGAUAGAAUUAAUUAUAUAAAGAUGGUAUUUUAAUGUACGAGGCUGAGUAUGAUAUCAAGAUAUUCCUUUAUCUGAGAAAGGGCUAUCUGUAGGACCUAAACUCUGCGUUGGAUCUGCAUGCAAAACAUAAUUGUUCCUAUCAUACCCGGCGGUCUAUUCCUAGUGAUAUUACCCAAGAAGAAGUUUUCGUUCUAACUCAAAUGUGUGUAUAAUGUUAUGAAAAAAAUAUAAAAUAGCACUGAAGAGAUGACUUACAUUGGGAAAGUUAUUUAAACCUUGAUUUCCUGCCAUUUUGUUACUAAUAAUAACUUAUAAAACAUAAGGCUCAUGUGGGGCAUUAUCUCUUUUACGCUAUUUCUCAUAACCAUCAUCUAAUAAUUAUCAUUAUCAUUCGAUUCAACUUUUUUCCUUUUCAUUGGCCGAGAGCCACCACGUGACCUGCAAAUAACCGCCCACAAAUAAUAUAAUGGUCUGCUCAUGCGCAAAGUCGUCCAAUUGUGUUUGGCUGCAAAUAAUAUUCUGCUCAUGAGUAAAUGAAACCACACUUUUCUCCUUCUUGCAAUCGCUCUUGCUUGAAAAUGGCAGAUCGCCUCGAUCGUUUCCCAAAGAUAUUCAAAAAACAAACUCGAUGGUCAAUGAUAAUGACCUGCUUGCCACCGACAAUUCACGAUAUUUUGCUCAACCUCCUCCAAUGACUGUUAAUUAUUUUGAUAUAUUUGUAGGAACGGCUACACACUGGGAAGAUAAAGUUGCAUCCAUCUCUAAGGAAGGAGUAAAGCCUGGAGACACUUUAGUAUCACAGCUGCAACUGCCAGUUCCCUCUGUACCUCAAACUAUGCAAAGCUGCAGUUGUUUGAAGAUAUCAUAUCUCCUAAGGGUAAUAUAA